AUGAUGGCGCCUCUGCUGUUGGUGGUCACCGUGCUCAUGUCUACUACAGUGCUUGGGACCAAGGAAGACGCUGGCACCACGAAUAAAUUGACCUGCGAUGCAGGGACCAAUUUGGCAGGCAUAUCCGUUGAGGUUGACGCCGACACCAAGAGGGCCUCGUUUGUCUGCGGUACCCACUUUAGCCAGGUGCUGCCCUCAUCAGAGGGCGGUCAGCCGGUCACAAAGUGCUACAUGACAGGAGAAGCAGUUGGGCAGGAUAAGAACGAGAAGUCUCUGGUGGAGCUUUUCGGCAACGGAUCCGAAGCCACUGUUAACACUCCAAGCGAACAAGACCAACAAGGUUCAGAAGUUACGCUGUCACUGGGCAAGCUACCUCAGCGGACAACUACCAUCUAUUUCGGAUGCAAAGCGGCAACGAAUAAUGAGGGUGGCACGGGACCCGGAUCGACAGGCGUCCCUGGGGUAGGAGCGCUCGCCGCGGCAAAAGCAGUCGAAAAAAAGUGCGUCGUCACAGUGACAGUUCCCGCUGAUCCAGCUGCGAACACAUGCACCGUUGCGAAGCAGAACAUGGAUCUGGAGAUCACGAGCGAAUCCAAGAGCGUCUCGUUCCAAUGCGACACGAUCAUUGACAGGCUUAAUCCAGAAAAUCAUUCAGAUCUGAUUUUUGACGAAUCUUGUCAGAACCCUGUAAGGCUGGCAGACAUGCUGCCGUCUGCGAAGCUCGCGACAUCGACCUCGGGCUACACGUUCAGUGUAGAGGAGUUGCCUGAGACUGCAGGCACAUUCUGCUACAAGUGCGCAGCUGCUUCUGGGUCUGAGCAAGAGGGGGAAGAGUUACGGCAAGAGCCCAAUGCAUGCUAUGUGAAGAUACAGGUACCUCAGCGCAGUAAUGCUGCCUCGACCUCCGCCUUUGCACGAUCAGUGCAGGCUCUCUUGCUCGGGUUAGGUGUUUUUGUAGCCUUCGUUCAGGUCAUGUACUAG